GUGUUUCCUUCGUGGCAGGGAAACAGCUCCACUAUAUUCUCUGUACAUCCUCUCGACAAUUGCCCCUCCUAGCCGGUAUGUCUUCUGGUACUGCCUUCCGGUGUAAGGUUCCAAAUUGGGUGGUCCUUCCUUGCGAUCGAGAGCGCAAUCGCCAGCCCGCAAAGCUAUACAAAGCCCCCCGAAAUAAGCUGUCAAAGCACAAACAAGAACACGUUCCCUUGUUACCACUUCCCCUCGAGAUUAUAAAUUUAAUCAUCAUGGAACUAGACCUACCCAGCAUCGGCAUGAUGCGUCGAGUCAAUACGACAGGGAGACUUGCAGUAGAAUCACUUCCUGCAUACUCGCUACUGAAGAAGCAUGCUUCGAACACGCUGCGUCUAAUGGCCGUCACGAAGUGCGCCAAACAUUUCUCAAUAUCCUGGCUCUUUAGCGAGUUCUGUCAACCUUGGUGUCGAUCAUGUGGCGAUUUCGGUCCCUUCCUUUACUUCCCGACUGCUACUCGCUUAUGCUAUAAAUGCAAUUUCGUCGAGCCCGAGUAUGAGAUAGCGGAAACAUCGUUGCUUCGCUUUAACCUGGCCAUAUCCUUGAAGCAACUCAGAACAAUUCCAAUCAUUCACAGCUUUGAUCUGCAACCCACGCGCCGUUUCGCAAAUAUCACUCAAGCCAAGGCCUUAGCAACGGAAGUUCAUGGUAGCGACAAGGCGAUAGCGACUGCACGCCGGGCUGAAGUCAGGAAACGCUGGAAGGCUUACGAACGUCGAGUCCAGAAAUGGGAACGAAGUACAAGGAACAGCUGCAAGCCUCGUGGUCCAAUGUUCAGCGAAUUAAGGAAGUAUGACACAGACCAUAACCGAGUCUUUUUCAGCAUGCGGGCGACAGCUAUCUUUCCGUACUGGGAUCGCCAGACACGGAAGAUUGAACCAGGCGUCUACUGCCGGGCUUGCACCUACGAGGCAGAGGAAUUGAUGGAUUAUUGGAGAUACGACGGCUCAGUUUGGGACGAUUACCCAAGUGCACGGUGGAAGGCCUAUCAUCGAGCGUUCUUGGAAGCUGAUAUACCUGAGCAUUUCCUGAAUUGCCCCGCCGUCAAGAAAAACCACGAUUUUCGUAUUCGCAGAGCAUUAGGCAUUAAUAAGAGGAAGGGAACUGAUUUCAUUGUCAAAUCUAAGAAAGCUAGCGAUGUCUAAUGAAGCUUUCUUUACUGGUGAUCAACCCCUUGCCCCGUGCCUCUCUAUAGCAACAUAGAUAGGAUGAGCCUGAAAUUGAAUGAUUCCUAUGAAAG